AUGGAAGCUGUUCUUGACUGGGAAAGGGAUAUCCAGAAGACUGAUCCCAAACAUGAAAUCCUGAAGGAACUUGAUGACAAAGAUAGUUGUUAUGCUAUACUGUCACAUCACUGGGGCAUGGAGGUCAGCUAUGAAGAGAUGACUGGGCUGAUGAAGAUGGGGGAAGAAGAGAGGAAAGAGGUCAGAGAAUGCUACAGCUACCAAAAGAUCAUCAAGAGUUGUGAGCAAGCAAAGAAGGACAGCUACAAGUGGUUGUGGGUAGAUACCUGCUGCAUCGACAAGCAGAGCAGUUCAGAACUUUCUGAGGCCAUCAAUUUGAUGUAUCAGUGGCACUGA